AUGGUUAAUCCUUUAGCUGCUGCACUCGGCCCAGUCGGUGGCCUUGCAGCUUGUGCCUGCUGUCUACUUCUCGCUGCUAUUUGGGGUCUUUUUGCCACCACAAUUGCAUUAGCUGUUUUUACAAAACAAUGGGUUAAUGCCGUUCGAACAGCAAACAGCAUCAGCGGCGGUGGAGUACAGAUGGUGUUCAGUCAUGCUCUUCUCAUCGGUAUUCUUUGCUUAUACGGCUAUAUUGGAAUUCGCCGAACAAUUCGCUCUGCCAAUUAA